UCUAACAUUCUUAUGGUUAUUUCCGUAAAUUCGUUAAAAACCAAACUCUUUAACACUUUUGAGUUUCAUCGAUUGUUAUUUACUUAUUAUUAUUAUUUUAUUUUCAUUUCUCUACCAGUUUUUGAGCGUCUCUUUUCAGUCUGGUUUCAGAACCUGUUCUUAAGGCUGUAUCAAUACGGUACGCUUACUGUUCAAAAACUCUUUUCUUUAUAGAGAGGAGUUGGUUGCUUUGUGGGUCUAUUGUUUGUUUGUCUGUUUCUCUGAAUCUCAAAGUAAAACCCCCUCCAACCAAACAAAUCAUUUUUUUCUCAGCUAACUUCUUUGCUUUUUCUAUUUUUAUUUUUUUUAACUGUUAAUACAUCAAUGGGGGAACCCUUAGAUUGCGGAUCUGGAGGGGUCUUGAGUGUACAUGAAGGAGCUGAAACUGGUACCAAUGGAGUGUUUGAUUUGGGUGUGAAAAUGGGUACGGAUAAGAGUGGGAGUGAAGUGGGUCGGUGCAUGAAUAUGGAGAGAGGUUUUAGAGCUGAGAUCGAUACUUCGGCGCCGUUUGAGUCCGUGAAAGAAGCUGUUAGUCGUUUUGGUGGUGUGGGUUACUGGAAACCACCCUCCUACACCAAGCUUCCUGAACCUGAGCAUGACUCAGAAGAGGUUGACAUUUCAAAACUAGAGGAGGAGGCAGUACAUCUGGAGACAGAUCUGAUUGUCAAAGAAAGGGAGACAUUAGAUGUUCUAAAAGAUCUGGAGAAAACCAAAAAGGUCAUUGAAGAAAUGAAACAGAAGCUACAGAAAGAAGCAUCCGAAGUCAAUCUGACACUCGAGGCACAUGUAGGUGACAGUAACAUGAUUCCUGUGGACAACGAUGCAAACAAGGAAAACUGUGUGAAUGAAAGUGGUCAUUGUACUUCAAUAGAAAGCGUGAACCCCUGCCCUUCUUCAGCUCCGGGUUUAAUCUUAAUGGAACUGAAACAGGCUAAGUUGAACCUUAACCGGACUACGAAUGAUCUUGCUGAUAUUCGAACUUCUGUUGAAACAUUUAACAAGAAGUUAGAGAAGGAAAGGGUUGCACUUGAGAAAACUCGAGAGAGGUUAACUUUGAAUACUUCCAAAAUAUCAUCUCUUGAGGAGGAGCUAAACCAAACAAAGCAAAAGCUACACUUGGCAAAGGAUGCUGAAAUUAAAGGUGUCUCAGAAUAUCCAUUAGAUAUUACAAAGGAGCUCCAACGCUUGAGUGCCGAGUUAGAGCAGUUUAAAAAAAUGGGAGAAGCUGCAAGAUUGGAGGUUUUGAGAGCUACAUGUGAGAUCGAACAGACAAAAACUAAGAUAAAAACAGCUGAAAUUAGGUUGGUGGCUGCUAGAAAAAUGAAAGAGGCAGCUAGAGCAGCUGAAGCUGUUGCUUUUGCAGAGAUCAAGGCUCUGUCAAACCAUGAGAGCGUAUCAGGAGAACCUAAUCAAAUGCAAGUAAUCACUCUUUCGUACGAGGAGUACUCAUCUCUGACUCGCAAAGCUCGAGAUGCUGAGGAGCUAUCUAGGAAAAGAGUAGUAGAUGCCAUGCUUCAGGUUGAUGAUGCAAAUCUAUCAAAAGUGGAAGUUUUGAAAAGGGUAGAGGAAGCAACUGAAGAAGUGAAAACCAGUAAAAAGGCGUUGGAAGAUGCUCUGAGCAGAGUGGAAGCUGCAAAUAAGGGAAAGCUAGCAGUUGAAGAGGCUCUUCGCAAAUGGAGAUCGGAGAAUGGUCAAAAAAGACGUUCUGUCCAUAACUCCACCAAGUUUAAGAACUCUUGCCCAUCUCACCACCGAAGAGAUUCCCGUCUACUUGAUGUGAAUGGACUGAAUUUGGUCACUGAUGGUCCAACACCUGUUUUGAAGCCAACACUAUCCAUUGGACAAAUACUAAGCAGAAAAUUGCUUCUGCCAGAGGAAGCUGAAUCAGGAGGGAUACCGCAGAAAAGCUCCGUGAAACGGAAGGUGUCGCUGGGUCAAAUGCUUAGUGAUCAAAAUGGUGAUUUACCAUCUUCUUUGAAAUUUGAGAAAGAAAACGUCCACAAGCAUUUCUCUGCCAAGAGGAAGAAGUUUGGAUUCGCCCGGUUCUCGCUGCUUCUGACAAAACAGAACAAGAAAAAGAAGAAGGGAACUUUGAACUUGAGGUAAAUUCAAAGGAUCAAUGGUUGAUCUUAAUCAGGCUCUGACCUCUAAUUGCUUCUUUUUCCUUCAUUUUUUUGUUUUUUUUUUCCCAUUCUCAACCCUCUUUGCUUGUUCCUAAUUAGAAUUAUCUCUACUUAGGCUUAUAUCGAAUCCUGCAUCUGUUUAAUAUUUAUCAUAUUUAGGCUUGGUUGUAAAAAUGUGUGUUUAUAUUAUAUAUAUAUAUAUAUAUACUGUGAGACUUUUCCUC